AUGGCCGCUACUACUCAACACAUGCCUCAGGCGCCGUCGUCAGCCCUCGACAAAAGUAACCAUGUUGUCUCCCAGACCAACAUUACCCUGGCUACCGAGCUUCCAGAGCUUAAGGCUCUUCUCUCUAGCGAGGCUAAAAUCAUUCUACCCAGCCAUGCCGAAUAUGAAACCCGUAUCUCGAGGUUUAGUGAGUACAAGAGGCCAACCCCUGGUGCCGUUGUCUGCCCAGCCACCGAGGCCGAUUUAGCUGCGACUGUCAAGUGGGCCACGUCCAAUGACAUCAGAUUCCUUGCCCGCGCUGGUGGUCAUGGCUGGUCCAUGACCCUGUCCCAGGUUGGACCAGAGGGUAUCUUGAUCAGCCUUCGUGACAUGAACAGAAUCACGGUUGAUCUCAAGAGUGGAUGUGCGACCCUUGGCGCUGGUGCCACCACUGGAGAGCUUUUGAAGGCCGCACAAAACGCCGACGCCCACAUUGUUGCAACGGCAUGUGACAGUGUUGGUGCUGUCCCAUCCAUUAUGGGCGGAGGCAUUGGUAACCUCGUAUCAAAUUAUGGUCUGGGAUCCGACAAUAUAAUCUCAGCCCGUCUCGUCACGGCCACCGGAAAUGUUGUUACUACCUCAGCCACAGAGAACGCUGACCUCUUUUGGGCCCUCCGUGGAGCAGGUCACAACUUUGGUAUUCCGACCGUCCUUCUUAAGCUAUCUCUCAAUGGUUCCACGGAGGCCGCAAUGGCCGCCUUUGCUCCUCUCUACGCGCUUGCCGACACGUACACACCCAACAUCAACACAGGCGAACUUAUGCCCGCUGACGAGAUCAAUGAAGCGAAAGACUCACUCUGCAGCGAGGGCGGUAAUCUCCCACGUGCGUACCGCCCUGUGCACUCUGCAUCUCUCGAGGCUGUAGACCCUGAGAUCAUGGGUGCCCUGUACGAGCGCUGGGAGAACUUCACAGCUCAGAACGAGGGAGCCAAACAAACUGUCGUGCGCGUCAACUUCUACGACUACCGGCGUGUGCGGGAAAUUCCAGUUGAGGACUCCGCGUUUGCGUGGAGGAAGAAUCCUAUCAACGUGCUUCAGUAUUGGGCAUACACCGACGAAAGCAUGGAACAGGAGAUUCAAUCUCUCGGGCAGGAGUUUCGCAAUGCUUUGAAUGGAGCCCAGUCUCCCAACGUCGUUAUGAGCUUCGCUACCGGCGACGAGAACCCAUCGUACGUCUAUGGUAAAGGCCUCGACAGGAUCCGUGAGGUGAAGAACAAGUGGGACCCACAGGGCGUUUUCUCAUACUACAAUUCUUGCUAG